CACCAGGGAGCCCGGCGCCCCACUGCAUUUCCACCUGUCGGAAUCGUUCAAUGGCUGGCUGUGUCCCAGUCCCUGCGGUGGUGCCCUUUUUUUCUCUUCUUCCUUUCUCUUUUUUUUUUUUUUUUUUUCUCCUUUCAUUCCCUUUGUCUUCCCUUUUGAUCGGGCGGAUUAUCAUUAGCAGGUUCCAUGGAAUGGGGUUUAACCUUUGCUUGUCUCUCUGCUGUGAUAGGAAGAAAGUACCUGCGACGGGAGGCACGAUCGGGACCAAUGAUCACUUUCCCUGGGUCAAAAUAGGCAUGAUUUUGUUUCUGGAUCAGUUCAAUUUGCUCCCGCCCUCUUGUUCCUGAUCCAUUUAUUUCGUUUUAUUUCCUUUAUUUAUUUUACCCUGUCAUUCUCCACAGAACCCAGAAGAAACAUACAAACCCAAUCCCCUUGGGUAUCAUUUCCGAGGAGUACGGAGUACUUAGAUUCCCUUUCACUUGAGGUUUCCAUUGUUUGCCUGUGAAGAAGGCCAUUAUUCCCACUGCUGUGAAAGACUAAGCAUGCUGUCUGGCGGC